CUCAGAUAUGUCAAUUCAAGAAGAGGAUAACAGUCCGUGUGCUCAGUCCACGGUUCUCCAAGAAGACGAGUUUAUUGACUUACCUUUGUCACAGGAUGAAGAUGAGGAUUCCCAAGAACCAACCCACAAUGAGGAAGAAUUACAACAGGAUAAUGAGCCAGAAAGUGACACAAACGAUGUGCCACCAGACUCCCCAACUACGUUAUCAACUGCAAGCCAACCACAAUCAGCUCCAGCAGUAGCUAGCAACACGACAACAUACGACCCAGAAGUCUACACCUCAACAACCCAAUUGGCGUUCAAAGAUAAGAAGUCGUUGAAAAUUGAAAUAAUCGAUGCUGGCAAAAGCCGUGAAGGUCACAGCAGAGGAUAUAUUGUUUAUACAAUCAAGUGUAAUGAUUCGCUGGUAAGAAGACGUUACAGCGAGUUUGAGAGUCUUAGAAACACAUUGGUCAAGCUAUUCCCGACAUUGAUAAUUCCACCAAUUCCUGAAAAGCACAAGAUAUCAAAAUAUGCUGCUGCUCCAACGAAGGCCAAAGAGGAUACAAGAAUUAUAGACCAUAGAAGACGAAUGCUAUCAGUUUUUUUGAAAAGGCUAUUGGAGAUUGAUCAAGUCCGUGAAAGUCAAGUUUAUCAGAGCUUUUUAGAUCCAAAUGCCAAUUGGCCAGAGGUGCUGACUUCUCCUCCUAUUUCGGAUAUACCAAAGAAUAUACUACAGGCAGAUCCACUGGAUCCUGCUCAUUCCACUGCAGCUCAUUCAUACUUACCUCUCCCAUCAAGUACUGUUAUUGUGGUCAAGGAAACUCAAGAAGAUAAAAAAUUCAAUGAAGUUGAAGCUAACGCCAAAGAAUAUGAAGCAGUUAUAUCGAAUGGUAUUGAUAAAGCUAAUAAAAGAAUUGUGAAACACCUUAGUGAUAUGUCUACUGAGUUCUCAGAAGCCGGGGCUGGUUUCAACUCAUUUAGUUUACAAGAAAAUGGGAAAUUGGCAUCUACACUUGAAAAAGUUGGUCAAGUUCAUGACAAUUGUUAUUUAUCAACUGAAACUUUGGUGAACUCUUUAAAUUAUGAAUUUACUGAACCAUUGGGAGAGUCCGUUCAAUUUGCUUCAGUGGUGAAAGAUAUCAUAAAGUUUAGACAACAAAAAGCAUUACAGCUAGAUAUCACAGCUAGAACAUUGAAGCAUAAAUCUAAUCAUCUAAACUUACUACAAAAAUCUGAGCAAGAAUCUAAGAGAAUUGAUCAAGCUUUGGAUGCUGAAAGCGGUAAAACACAGCAGAUCAAUUUUGAUAGAAAACAAGCUGCAAAAGAUGCACAAGCUAAAGCUAACCAAGAUGCUGGUUUGAAUCAGAGUGUCACUCCGUUAGAACCAAAGAAGUCAUCAAAGUUCAAAAUCCCUGGAAUUUCAAAGAUUAGCAACGUUAUCAAGGAAGCUAUUGAAUCGGAUCCUGAGGUUACACGCCAACAUAAUCUGACAAAGACAAAGGAUGAUAUAAAUCAAUUGAAACAAACUGUCACUGCAGCUGAAGAAGACUUAGGGAAAGUUACUAAAUCAAUCAAGAAUGAGUUGGAGAGAUUCCAAAUAUCGAAGGAAGAAGACUUGAAGAAAAUGAUACUGGCUUAUAGUGCUUGCGUUUUAGAUUGGUCAAAGAAGAAUCUUGAAUUCUGGGAAGAGGCCAAAGCUGAUUUACAAAAGGCAUAAACCAAUGGUUUGAAAUUUGAGCGUAAUAUUCAUGAAUUAUGAGCGAACUGAAUACAAACUGACUAAUUAUGGACUCGGAUCACAACAAUAUUCAUUUUCGAUUGUAGCUCUGUCCUUCUCUUUUCUGUAUAGAAACUUCACUCGCUUUUGAGUUUGAAGAUUUUUCCUGCUCACAGUGCGUUGCCAUGGAGACAGCUCUCGGAAUAUAAUCAAUACCUGAUCGAAUAAACAACCAACAAUCCCAUUUCGGCUCAUUAAAUCACUAGUGAGCCCUUGAGCUCUACAUAAGGC